AGAUACAAUAAGAAUCUUUAGUUAUGGAUAAAUUGGUAAAUACAAAAACAUUGACUCCGCCCCUUUAAUAUUCUCUUAGCCGCUGAUUGGCUGAAUGUACUGUCGGUCAACAUCUCAUGACAGUUUUUGGGCGGGGCGUUCACGCAGACUCGAGUGGAGCAGCAGCGGCGGAGCCGGCUCGUCAUUACCCGACUGUAGUGUGUGCUUUGCGGGGGUCAUUCCAGGCUGCGCCCCCCCCACCCCCCUCUCUUCCCGGUGCUCAUGGAUACCUGUAGCGUACAGCAGCGGCAGUGAGUGAGUGAGUGGGUUCUGAAACAGAAAUGGUUCUAAGAAAAAGGCUAAAAUGGAGGCUGUGUAGAAGAAGUGGGACCGAGUGUGCGUUUGUGCCUUAAAUGAAAGUUAGCUCGUGAGCGUUAUCGUAGCUAGCUGAUGCUAGGCCUUCCGUUUCCCUCGCUUUGUCAGAGCAGGUUGUGCCUGUUUCAUUUUUGGAAUCAUUUUUACUAAUAGCGGAGCUUUGUGGCUCCAUUGUUCGCUGCUUUUCUCCCCGUGGUUCACUGAGCAGUGAAAUGAAGAGAGUGAACAGCUUUCAGAGGUUCAUGAACAGACGGGCCUCUGCUAACUGCCGCUACCAGCCCACCUGCUACGAGCAUGCUGCAAACUGCUACACCCAUGCUCUCCUCAUCGUGCCGGCCUUCGUGGGCAUGGCCUCGCUGUACCGUCUGUCUGACAACAGCUGGGAGAGGAUCACGGCCUGGGUGUACGGGAUGGGCCUCUGUGCACUGUUCCUGGUCUCCACUGUGUUUCACAUCAUCACCUGGAAGAAGAGCCACAUGAGGUCGAUGGAGCAGUGUUUCCACAUGUGUGACAGAGUGGUCAUCUAUUUCUUCAUCGCUGCCUCUUACACACCUUGGUUAAACCUGCGUGAACUGGGACCUCUGGCGGCGCACAUGCGCUGGUUCGUGUGGCUCAUGGCCGCGGCUGGAACCGUCUACGUCUUCAACUACCAUGAGAAGUAUAAAGUGGUUGAGCUGGCCUUCUACUUGGCGAUGGGCUUUUUCCCGGCGUCGGUUGUGACGUCAAUGAGCAACACCGACGGGCUUCAGGAGCUGGCCUGCGGCGGACUCAUCUACUGCCUCGGCGUGUUCUUCUUCAAGUGUGACGGCGUCAUCCCUUUCGCUCACGCCAUCUGGCACGUGUUCGUGGCGCUCGCCGCCGCCGUGCACUACUACGCCAUCUGGAAAUACCUCUACAAGGCUCCCAGCGCCGACGCCCUCCUCGGCUCGUGACUGCGCCCGACUGACCACUGAAGCUGCGGCGGCAGCUGAAACGUUUACGAAAAAAAAUUAUAUAUACAGUAUAUGUAUGUAUAUAUAUAUAUAUAUAUAUAUAUAUAUAUAUUUGAAUUGUUUACCGUUUUCUAACGCGGGGAACAGAAGCUGUUUUUGUAAAACUACUUUUUACUAGUAAAGUGUUCGCCUCGGCACGUUCGUGAGUACUUGAGAUAUUUUGGUGACAGGUUUUUUUUCUUAUCGCUUGAAGAGUCGGAGAGUCACAUUCCACAUCUGUGUAAGGCUGGGUAUCGCGACUGAGGCCCGAUUUGAGUGAUAGAUCUCUUAAACCUGCUGCAACAUUUAAAACAAUUCUUAUGUCAAAAAACUAUCGCAAAGUAGUAACAUUUCAGAUGUACAGAACGGUCUAAAGAGGCAACUCAAACCAAAAUAUUCAGCCUAGAAGAGCAUCUGACAGUUUAAAGUCAACAGCGAUGUUAACAUUGUUUUUGCGGCGACCAUAUAUAUAUGUGUAUAUAUAUGUGUAUAUAUGUAUAUAUAUAUAUAUAUAUAUAUAUAUAUAUAUAUAUAUAUAUAUAUGAAAAACAAACAAACUGUAAACUUCAUCCAUUUCAGCUGCUGAUUCCCGAGACACGAGGUGCUAAAACGUCGCCAUUUCACCGCGGCAGAGUCGAGUCACAGAACUCCUCCUCCUCCGAUCGUACCUUAAUGUUAAUGAGUUAAUGUUGCGAUAUUUUAGCCAAUACCUUUUUCUGCGAAAUACACUGCCUAGCCAACAACAAAAGUCACACACUCAGAAUAUUUGUUGGCUCGCCUUUAGCACGUGUUUUUAUCGUUAUUUACUUUUUUUCCACCGCAAAGAUCGUGUAUUUUGUGACUGAAGUGGGUGGACCGCUUGUGUUAUUAAAGGCCCAGUGUGUAAGAAGUAGUGACAUCUAGUGCGUCGGGGAUCUACGGUGGCCGUAAAGCAAGGCCCUCACUUAGCAUCAAGUAAAAAUUUGUUCUAAUGCUAAGUCGGAACUGGGAGUGACAGUAUUUUGCACACGUGUUAACAUUUAAGCAUUUAGCGUUUAUUGAACAGCGUCGUACUGAUUUAAAAACAGCAGUGUUUGUACGAGUGGCGGCCACAACUCGGAAAUUCUGACUUCCGACUAUGACUGGAACAUACCGUGAGGGGGUUGAGGGAACAUUUCUGCCAAUAAAAACCCUCCUAAAUGCACACUGGACCUUUUAAACAUAAAGGAGUUGUAAUGUUGUUCCAACUGCUUUUUCUGACCUUUUCCCUCCUCAAACAUAAAACUUAAAAUCACGUGUUGAACCCACGUUUAGUUGUUUGUUUUGUGAUAAAUGCUGACCAUUUGGAAUAAGUCACUUGUCGCCAGGGAAAACUCGUUCACCACGGCAGUAAUUAUCCAACGGAGCGCUUUUUUAAAAAACAGUUGGCUUCAUUUAAAUCCAGGUGGUGAUUUAACAGUUUUCACACAGGAAGCUACAGGUGUUUUGCCAAAGUGAAAAUAAAAGGAAAAGUAAAGAACGCGCGUGUGACGAGGCGUUCAAAGGCAACUCUGGACACUUUAGGCACCAGAAAAGUAUUUACAUUCCUGUCCUUUCACGGAGAACAAGCAGUCGGGGUCAGAGGUCGUUUCUUCUUUCAGGAAACAAUAUAUUAUUUUUUUAUUACUAUUUUUCUGACUUUUACUUCUGAUUCAGACUUCGAGUCCAUGUGCAGUUUUCAGGGAAACGACAUUUAAUGUGAGAAGAGAAGGCGAUUCCUCGACAUUUCAGGAAAGCGCAGUGGCGACACCUUGUGGCAGACAUUUGUCACGGAGAGAGAAAUCAUGAUGACGAGGAAUCUGUUCAACACUGUGUGUGCGUGUGUGCGCACAAACUCUAGUGCACUGUAGUCCUGUAUCAACAUUUCCACUCGUGUUUUCUCAUUUUGUUUUUUUUUGCGACGCCAAACGACUGCAAACUUUUUUCUAACUGUCGUCAACGUCUUUAACCACUGUGGUGUGUGUGUGUGUGUGUGUUUUGUAAUGUUUGUAUUUUCUGUUGUUUGUCACAUGUUUUAUGAUCCAGGCGCCUUUUUGCAGACGGGGAAAGAAAACAAAUGUAUGAAUGAAUGAAUGAAUGAAUAAAUAAAUAAAACAUUUAAGCUCAUUGUGGUCUCUUCCAUUGACUUUUUCAAAAGGUGCUGAAUUAACGUCAACUUUUUAAUGUGACAAUAAAAAAAUAUUUAACGUCGUUU